AUGUCGAACGACAUUGGUCCUGUGGAGACAUCCCCACAAGAUCACAGUAUCCAUGAUGAAGAACAUCACGAAGAUACCACGACGAUCAACUCCGCGGAUGGGGCCGACCAUUCGGCCUCCAGUCGAUCUCCCUUAUUAUCGCAACCAUCAACCUUAUCGAGAUUAUCGUCGGAUGAAUGGCUGCCCCUUGAACAGAAACAACGCCCACGUUUAGCCUAUCUACGGUCGGCAUGGACUUCCCAGAAUCGAUCCGUUCAGAAUGACAAAAACGACUACCCUUUCAGCCUUCGUCUUCCGCCAUGGCAACUUCAACGCAACUGUGACGAAGAAGAAGAAGUCGCUCGUGAAGUCCACCGUCUUGUCUCAGUAGCCGUCGGUAUCUGUCUCGCUUGUGCUGCCGCGGGUACCGUGCUCGUUUUUCAAAGUUCGCCUAUCGACGAUCGAGCCUGGAUGCAAUUGUCCAUGCAACCAUUGUUUAUCGUAUGGUGGGGAUUGUUGACGCGGGCAUGGUCCAAACGUCCUGAAAGCAUUCGUCUCUUUUUAAUCUGGGCACAGAACAGCGCUCUGACCAUGGCCGCCGUCAUCAGUGCCAUUCCUCAGAUGCUUAAUACGCAUACUCAGUCGCACUGGCUUAUUGUAUCGCUUGUUCUCACAUGUGUAUGCUUCUUUUACAUUGCUCGACGUUUCGAACGAGCCAACGAACAGCAAAAGCAACGUAUCAACAAUCGAAUCACGGAAGAACAACGCACGGCUCAGACUAUGGUCGAUAACAUGAUCAACAUGUUCGCCGAUCGACGUCUUGCUUUCAUGAAUACAGUUUCACAAGAAAUUCAAGAUGCCGCUCUCAUGGUCAUGACCACCCUGGAACAGUUUUCUCCCGCCACCAUUCUCGCUAAUACCCACGAACUCUUGAGCGCAUGUUCCAUUGCCGUCCCCAUUGCCAGCAUCACCGCCAUCAACACCACCAUCAAACAAGUGUGUCACAUCAGUUCCCACUUGCAGUUGAUGGCUCGUCUCCUUCGUGAAGGCAUCACCGCUCCACCGCAGCACGAUUUACGCAGUAACGUUCAGACGGAAUUUGACACGGGUGAAUUGGUUCAAACCGUCGGCGAUGCGUUGGCCGGCAUGGCCGCCAAACUCGAUGUCAAUCUUGUGAUAUACCAUUCCGAUAACGGUCUUCACCAUACCAAUGUACUUGGCGACGAAGAUGCCGUUCGUUACGGUCUAUUAAAUCUUUUACGUAACAUUCUGGAAGGAUGCAGUCCCGGUGCAUGCCUUGAAUUGGGAUUGAAUAUCGUACCUUCGGCCGAAUCGCAAAAAGUCGGCAUCACUUUUGAAAUCACACACUCUACCUCGCGAUCGUCACCUGACAGUGACAAUCCUGCGCUUCUUCCCAAUGCCAAUUUUACAGCUCAGCUGAUUCAGUACAUUGGAGGAUCGAUCACAGUGGAAGAAAUGAGUAAAAAUCGAACCAAAUUUGACGUGACGGUGGAUAUGGAAAUCGGCCAAGACGAUGAAGAUCGCCAGCUGCUGGUGAUCAAAGAACCUUCCAUGGUUUUAGAGCGGCAUUACACCAGUGUGAAAUUCGCCAAUGAGCCGACGUUGAAAGAAUUGAUCCUGUUCAUCGAAAAAUUAAAAGGUCUCAAGAUGGUUCUUCAUGCACCGCAACACAGCGUGUUUGCCAAACAUCUGACAAGUUGUCUCGCCAGUUGGAAUACGGAUAUCAGUCAUGUUCCCGUCAUGCUUACCUCGGACCCUUCCGAAGAUGAUAUCAGCACCUCCGGUUACGGUACCACCCCAACUUCCGAAGCCAACGUCAGCAUUGCCAGUGCCAACACACGAGCUAGUAACAACCGCGAUCCCACCGCCGCAUCGACGCCCUUGUUGGCUCCCGAACCGCAUCCUGCACCUACCAGUCGAUCUGUGAACACGCCGUCGGUGCCUUCUCCGGCCAUUGAAGAAGAGCAUUUGCACUCGCUUCCACCCGCUUUUAUUCUUAUCGACGACGAUAUCCCCACCUUGGAACGCAAAUUGCGCGAAUUUCACACUCAACCACCUGCUUCGGCGCCUUUCCUCCAAAGUCAUCAACAUGCUCGACGUCACAAACUCAACAAGGCCGGCGCACCUUAUCAAAACUUUUUCCAUCAUGGAACCACGGCCAUCAUUCACUUUACUUCCUUGGCCAACUACAAGCGGGUGCGUGAUACCGUUCAAUGGUUCUCGGUGGCUCCCGGUUCCCGGCCUUUCUCCAUGCCCCGCAUUGUCGUAGUACCUAAACCGGCCGGUCCUCGUCGUUUCUUGACUGCUUUGCACACAGCUUGGCAUAAUGCGGUGGUGGAACCUCACUUUUUACCGAUCGCUACCUCGCCCUCUAGUCCUAUGCCGCCGUCAAUCGCCUUGAUGUUGCAACAAGAAGCCGGCCAUACCCCUCCUACACCAAGUUCAGCUCAUUUGGGAUCGCCCGGUUCCGAAGCGAUGCAUGGACGAACGACACCCAGUGAAGGAUCGCAAGGCGGCGCUGGCGGUGGUGGUGGCGGUGGUGGUGUUCGUCGUCGACCCAAUAGUGGCAUUUACAGUCCUCCGGCGGGACUGAGUAUGGAAAAUGCAACCGACGGUGGCAAUUACUUUUUUGAUCCGGUCGCACGAACACCGGGAUCGGGCAAUGCGCCAGGAACCUCGGUGGGUGGUGUGAAUGUGGCGCCUUCGUUUGACGCUGCGACGGCGCGAUCGUCGCUGCAUCGAACUCUGGUCCCAGGACGACGUCGAUCUCAUACCGAGUUAACUCCUCAACCAUCGAACGAUUAUCUGACAAGUAUGGCCGCUGCAGCCGCAGCCGCAGCGGCUGUGGCGGCAGGUCAAGCUGGUUCGCAUCCUCCUUACGGCCCAGUGUCCCCUGGUGGGACGCCUCUUGGUCCAAGUGAAGCUUCUGCUCUUGACAAUGGCGCUGCAUCGACUGUCAAUCUAGGUGGCAAACCAGGAUUGACACCUACCAACGACGUAGGCGACAAUGGUGGUCUGGAAGGAGCCGCCGUCACCGCGUCAUCGAUACCCGAGACAUCCGGACCGUUGCGCAAUCCCCCUUCGCCGUUGGCCGCGCCUUCGGCGACUGCGGCUGGUACCAAUGCAUCGACAGGGUCGGCCGAUGCGACUCCAUCGGAAAGCAAAAAACCGGCUCGUACCAUGUCUCACUUUAAGCUGAACAAGAAAAAGAAGAGGGAAAAGAAUAGUGCGUUUGCAAAUGUGGCCAGUCCACCCAUCAACGUCCUCAUUGUCGAAGAUAAUAUGAUCAAUCAAGCGAUUUUAUCAACGUGGAUGAAGAAGCACAAGAUUAAGUUUUCGGUAGCGAGCAAUGGUCAGGAAGCCGUAGAGAAAUGGAAGGGUGGAGGAUUCCACUUGGUGCUGAUGGAUAUUCAAUUGCCUAUUAUGAAUGGUAUCGAGGCGACCAAGUUGAUUCGCGCGAUUGAAAAAGAGCAAAAGAUUGGUGUGUUGCCCAUGUCUUCUUCGUUUUUGCGCGAACAGCAAUCGAAUGCGGCGGCGGUGGCUGCGGCAGUGACGGAUAAUCUAUCGACAGAAACGAUGUUGCCUGCGGAUCUGCCAAAGAGCAACGAAGAACUUCCUCCUUCGACGUUCCGAUCGCCGGUGAUUAUUGUGGCGUUGACAGCGUCUUCCCUGGAAUCAGAUCGACACGCGGCGUUGGCGGCGGGAUGCAAUGAUUUCCUUACGAAACCUGUGAGCUUGGAGUGGUUGGAGAAGAAGAUCAUCGAAUGGGGUUGUAUGCAAGCGUUGAUUGAUUUCGAAGGAUGGCGACGAUGGAAGCGAUCGACUGACUCAGAUCAAAAACCGAGCAAGAAAGAAGAUACGGUGGUAGAAGAAGCCAAACAACAGUUGGAAAACGAAAAGAAACGGAUUGAAGAAAUCGGAAAAAAUGCAUUACAAACUCGCAAAGGCAUUGUAUUGCCUGGAGCGGUGGGAUUAUCGAAAUCAAGACGGUAUUCGACCAUGGAACAUAAAUCGGCGGGAGGCUCACGCAAAGGACAAUUAAUGAAGAGUGAAUCUGAUACCAGUCUACAUCAACUUCGAUCGCGUACUUCAACCAAGGAUGAAAAUAAUUCUAGUCCAUUAAAAGAAGACGAGUAA